AUGAGUCGUCAAUCGGCAAAACGCCUGCCGAACCCAGCCAGUUCUGAGUCCUACAUUCAAGCUUCGCUGUUUUCUCUUGAUCCCCCGAAGGAAUGCUUCAAUGCGGGUUAUGGUCUCUUCCGCGGAAAUAUCAGCACACGAGUACCUGAACGGGGUGAUUUGGUAAGAGCUGGUUUCGCUCAUCUCAGAUCACCUGAACAUACCUUCCUUGGGUUUCUCCAGGAGUAUAACUUCAAUCCCUACACGCAUAUUCUAAUUCGUUAUCGAGGAGAUGGUCGAACCUACAAGUUCAACAUCCACCCAAAGGUCGAAUGGGAUCCCUUUUGGUUUGAUAUGCACCAGUUUCCACUAUACACCCGAGGUGGACCCUAUUGGAGCAUAGCGAAGAUUCCACUCUCUGCCUUCUUCGUCUCUAAUCGUGGCUCGGUGGUAGAUCGUCAAGGACGAAUCUCACGCUCUCAAGUUCGAAUGAUCUCGUUUACUCUGGCUGAUCGUGUUCCCGGUCCGUUUGCACUUGAGAUUGACUACAUCGCGCUCUACUACGAUCAAUUUCACAAUGAGAAAUUCGCUUAUGAGCAGUAUGAUUCCCCAGCGGCUCUUAAGUAG